CUUUUACUUGUAAAGAGUAAACUUACAAACUGGAAGCAAAAUUACAUGCAAAAUGAAUUGUGUAAAUUUGUAUUUACGUAUUGUAUUUAUUCUUGUGUUGUUUGUGGGAAUAAUUUUUGCAGACCAAGAAGAACCAGUAUGUACUUCACGAUUUGACUAUGACCACAAAAUGUUACAGAAAAUGAUAAUGUUAGAAAUUGAACAAAGAAAUACUAAAACCAUGUUGGAGGAAAUUAAAGCGGUGCUUUCUAAACAGAAAGAUGAGAGCAAUCAGGACAAGUCCAUGUUGAAAACCAUUGAGGAAAAAGUGAGAACAAUUGAAAGUUUGAAUUCACUAGCUGGAACGGGAAAUACGUAUGUGCGAUGGGGAAGAACACAAUGUCCAGAAAAUGGAACAGAGUUGGUUUACAAAGGUUACGCUGGUGGUUCCCAUUAUAGUAAUAAAGGAGCUUCCGCCAACUAUUUAUGUCUACCGGAAGAACCGUUGUGGAAUGUAUACGAAGACGCUGAGCAGGACGCAGGCACAGUCUGGGGAGCAGAAUAUGAAUUGUAUGGUAGAAAUAUGAAUAAUUUCUUUGGAAAAGAACUGGUAAAUCAUGACGUUCCGUGUUGUGUAUGUCGUACGAACAGGGCAAGCAUUCUAUUGAUCCCAGGCAGGAAUAAAUGCUAUGAUGGAUGGACAUUGGAAUAUGAAGGCUACCUGUCGGGCGGACAUGAUACACAUCAUGCUGCUGAAUUCGUUUGUCUUGAUGCGGAACCGGAGGUAGUGGAAGGCGGACACGCGAGUAAAGAUGGAAAACUGUUCUAUUUUGCUGAAGCACGUUGUGGAUCAUUACGAUGCCCACCAUAUGUUAAUGGACGUGAGCUGACAUGUGCUGUCUGCUCUAAAUAAAAUAUAAUAACGUAGCAAUCGUUUAAUAGGUAGAUACAUGUUUAAUUUAGAGAAAGCUUAUCGCUUACCGGUUUUGAAAAUCUAAUCUUUCUUUUUAAAAUUCCAAUAAGAUCAUGCUUUUAUACAAAAAGGUACGGUGUUCUCAUUUUCUGAUUUUUAGAAAAGACUCCCUUUGUCAAGUUCUUUUUGCGCAUUUUAACAAUUACGUUGUUGUAUACGGCAAACCGCAAUAGAACAGUCAUUACAUGUUACAGUCUAGAGUAACGGCAAAACAUUAAAUUUUAAUGGCUUGCUCAUUUGCCUUACAUUUUUGAUAAAGUUACACACAUAUCUAUCAUUAUGCGCUAUUCUGAUUUCAAAAAGGUGAAUAAAAGCAGUUUAAAUUACUUCCUUUGUAAUACUACUAAGAAAAUAGUACAUGGUUGAUGACGCUUUACUUCUAAUGAUCCUGACAUGUUAUCAAUGUAUUCAAACACGUUGCUAUAGAAACUGUAAUCAUUGAAUUGUACAUUCGAUUUGAAAAUACAUACAACGAAUUACAAAA